AUGCAGCAAGUGACAUGGACUAUUACAUGCACAUACUCACCGAUCCUUGUUUCAAGGAACCCCAAUUGUUGUGUCUCGUUGUCUUCAUUCUCUAACCCUGUGAUCACACCCUAUCCAACUUGUGCUUGCGGCUGCCAAAAUAAAGAUAACUGCACUAUGGGAGAUUGUGAAAUUUCAACUGUUGUGAAAUCAAACUUGCUAAUCAAUGGCAAUGCUCAGCUGCUGCAGUGCACACAACAUAUGUGCCCAAUCCAGGUGCACCGGCAUGUUAAGGUCAAUUACAAGAAGUAUUGGCUUGUGAAGCUCACCAUCACGAAUUUCAACUACUGGAUGAAUUACUCUUACUGGAAUCUUGUUGUUCAACAUCCAAAUCUCAACAAUGUUACUCAAGUUUAUUACUUACACAAGCCACUCCUUUACCAAUCCAUGAAUGACUCUGGUGUGUUCAAUGGUGUGAAAUAUCGCAAUGAAUUACUCCUGGAAGCUGGACCUCGUGGAAAUGUUCAGUCAGAGAUGAUUCUUGGGAAAGAUAAGAAUGCAUUUACAUUAGAGCAAGGAUGGGCUUUUCCUCAUAAAGUUUACUUCAAUGGUGAUGAAUGCACGAUGCCUCCACCAGAUGCAUACCCACUUCUACCCAACUCUCCUAGUCCAAUCACACCUUCGCUAUUUGCUGCUGCCUUGCUUUUGAUAUUGCUAGUCAUUUUGUCUUCCUUGUGUGGUUUGAGAAUCGAAAGGCAGAAAAGGCAAAGAGAAGGGUCCCUGCUAGGAUAGAAGAAUCCUGUGUAAGAUGUAGAAAGCAUUAAACCAACGUAUAGAAAACUCCUCACCUGGUACCAAAUUCAUCUGUAACAUAUACAAGGAAUCCUGUAAUCAUAAUGUACAUACAUUUUUAAGCUUUAAUAGGAAAUCCAGAAACUUGAGUACAUAAACUUUGUUCGUGGAGGAAAACUUGCA